AUGGACCCCAGUCUACUUCCUCUAAUGCUUUGGCAUAAGGGUCCAGAGGAACAGAGCAACCAUCCCAAAGUAACUGUAAAACCCCAGAGUUCAGUGUUCACUGGAGACACAGUUACUCUGAGCUGUGAUGUGGGACAGUUAACUGGACAGACGGUUAUCUGGUUCAAAGACUUCACGAGAAUACAAACUGGUGAUGUAACAAAAACACUGACAGAUGUGAGAGUCUCUGAUGGAGGAAAAUAUUCGUGUACUGUAGGAGGAAAGACCACACAAAGCCAAAGAGUCAUGCUAACAGUAAGAGAGAGACCCAAGCCUGCAGUGCGUGUUCAGCCUGAUGGACAUGUGUUCAGAGGACAGACGGUCACUCUCACAUGUGACAUACAGGAGACAGACGUCAGCAGCUGGAGCUACAGCUGGAAUAAAGAUGAUUCAGAGAUUCAUGUCAGUCAAUCACAGGAAUACCGAAUCAGUUCUGUUAAUGAAUCUCACAUGGGUAAUUACAGCUGUACUGGAAGAGAAACACAAGGAUCACGAUGGAGGAUCUCCAUCUCCCUCUACAGACCAUCAGCUGCAAAACAUCAGUCAGACAACAGAACAUCAGAGGAAGAAUGGACAAACACCAUCGUGCUCCAGAAAGGAGAGUUCUGA